AUGGCGCCCAGGUGCAUCGGGGGCUGUGUGCAGUUAUUCGUCCUCGGUGUGGUUUUUGACGUGAUCGGAUUAACCGUGCUGCUGGUCGGCGCUUUAGCCAACCUGCGCCUGGACGGACGGUUUUUCGGAGACUUUUUGAUCUACACGGGCUCCGUCGUGGUGUUUCUCAGCUUGUUCUGGUGGGUACUGUGGUACAUGGGUAAUGUGAGGCUCGUCAGCGAUGAACUGGAGAAGAACAAGGUGAAUAACUUGGCUAAGUGGGCCCGCAAAAUCUCAACCGUUGCCAAUCCCUUGAAGGAGGAGAGAUGGAUGGAGUCGGUUCGCGUUCUCACGCACACCCAGAGAUCGUGGGCGAACCCGGGCGUGCAUGGCUACGAUAACGCGGCUUUCGAAGGAAGUCCUGAUUUGUCAGCAGUGGGUAAGAAAUCGGUGGAAAUUGAUCUUCUGAAGAACUCAGUAAAACCGGUCUGA